CCGAGAUCUUAAAAAAAAAAAUGCCAAGUUCAACAUUUCGCCUAUUUUUCGAGCGACUCAUUCGUCGGUGUUUUGAGUUAACUGAAAGUCCUAGGAAUUGAACUUGGAAGCAUCUCUUGUUCUGACAUUUCUUUAAUAUUGCAAGUGGCUCUGUUUUGGGAGCACCCGCAAAGUCUCGUGCUUGACUUCAUGAUUAGCGCGUAGUUUUCAUUCGGGCGCUCUGUUCAACUUUCAACGGAAACUUCUCUGUACCUUCCAUGCGCGUGUUGACGUGGAACUGGUAUGGACGAUAAGAUCAAGAAUGGUUUAAAUAUGCGCCCUUGACACUUGAUUUGCUGCUUUGCUCCGAGACUCGUCAUAACUCUCUCAGUUCUGUCCUGGCAAGAAGUUGAUCUCGUUACUGUAAUGGGGCUCAAGAGGCCUUUCCCGGUGGAGGGUGAAGAGGGUUUUGGAGCUUCAAAGAGAAGGAUUCUGGGAGAUAUAAUUGGACGGUUCUCGGAGAAUGAUAUCCCGCAUGCCAUCGAGCCUUUCGUGCGCAGAGUGGUUAGAGAGGAGGUGGAACGUGUAUUCUCGCGCCUGCAAGACCCACUUCAGAGGCCCUCAUUUGACCCAGCCAGAAGUUCUGUAGGAGAAGGAGGUUUGCAGUUGCGUUUUGUCAGUCAGUUGAAGGCUGAAGUUUUUACGAGCUGUAAGAUCCAAGGUGAAGACGGUUCCCCUAUCAAAAUCGAACUAUUUGACACCAGAACCAACUCUAUCGUUCGAAAUGGUCCCUUGUCUUCGGCUAGAGUUGAGGUUCUGGUCCUCGAUGGUGACUUUGGCUCCGAUGACCGAGAAGAUUGGAGCGAGACUGAGUUCAGGGCCAAAAUUAUGCGUGAAAGAGAAGGUCGAAGACCGCUGGUGGUUGGAGAACGAAGCAUAACUUUGCAAGGAGGAGUUGGUUAUCUUACUAACAUAACCUUCACGGACAAUUCGAGCUGGAUAAAAAGCCGGAACUUCCGGUUGGGAGCUCAAAUCGAGCAGAAAUUUUUGGCUGGUGUACGAAUAAGGGAAGGCAGAAGUGGAAAGUUCGUAGUGAAAGAUCACCGUGGAGAGCUGUACAAGAAACAUUACCCUCCAAACCUGAAAGAUAAAGUAUGGCGCCUUGAGAAAAUAUCAAAAGACGGCACCUUCCAAUCUCGGUUGGCUUCCGUCGGAAUUCUCACCGUCAAGGAUUUCUUGCGUAAACUUGAAAUGGACUCAGAUUCCCUAAGAAAGACACUAGGUAACCCGUCGAACAAGAUAUGGGAAGCAAUUUAUCGGCAUGCGAUGACUUGCAUCAUAGAUGAUAAUGAGGCGUACAUCUAUUUUGAUGCCUCACAGAGUGCCGGGCUUUUGUUCAAUGCAACCUACAAAGUCAUCAGCGCAACCUUUGAUGGCCAAAAUUACCAUCCACUGGAAAACUUGACCUUUCAUCAGAAGCAUUUGGUGCAUAAUUUAAAGCAGCAGGCUUACUUGAAUUUGAACGGAUGGGCACGGAUCAAUUUAUCUUCAAUUGCUGCUCCACCAAGGCCCUUGAGUAGCUUGCCAACAUCAGAUUCAAUCAUUGGUUCAAGUUCAAUUGAGCCGCUCAUUGAUUUCCCGUCUUUGUACCAAGGCAUUGAAGACUUCAAAGAUCCAGCAGGACAACUGUCUGGAUUCAACCUUUCGUCCGCUUCAACAUCUUACAACAGCGACGCUAGUCAGAGCCAGCAAUUUGAAGUUUCCAUCUCACAGGAUUAUUAUCCAGGGCAAGCUUUUAACCCAAUUCCCGCAAGUAGUUUCACGACAGGAACUGCCUGGACGGGACUCUACAGUGGAGAGAACAAUUCUCAGUAUAAUUCACAAAGGACACUCGAGUUUAACAGCAAUUUAGCCAAUGAUAUGAAUGUUUCACAAGUCGAAUCAUCAUACUGUUUCCCAUCAUCUUCUUCUUCAGUUUGGACGCCGGGAAAUGGCUUAUUCAUCAAUUCACUGGGUGAGGCUGAAGUUGGGAUCUUUUCUUCUUUCCCAGACAUCGGUGUCCAUAUCCACAAAAGCAUGAAGCCUAAGGCAGGUUGGUGCAAGAUUCGAGCUGCGGUCAAGUGGGGAUCAGUCAGGCGCGAUGUGGCCGCCAGAAGAAUGGCGCGCCUUCUGUGUAUGUAGAUUCUGAGGAUCUUUUAGUGCAUCCGCUGUGAUCCCUGUCCCUGCAAGCAUCUUGGGGGCAGAAACACGUCAUUCAGCUGUGCUUUAUCCGUUCGUUCGUUUAUUUCUUCCUGCAUUAGGUUGUAAAUUCAUAGUAUCUUACAGAGCAGGGUUGCCAAAAGAAUGUGGCAUUGUUGUCUGUAUGUAGAUCGAUUAGAUUUCGGCCGUUUUCCUUGCAGUAGUUUCUUCUGUAUCAAGCUGUAGAUUCAUAGGAAGUUCAAAGGAAAGGCCACUCACAAGAGUCGUGCAAUAGAUCAGUCAGAUCAUGUGAAAUAUAUGUCUAAUGUCUUCAAAAUCAGUGUCUCAAGAGCUUUAUAAUUUAACAUGCUUCAGAUUUCCAUAGAUUUUUUAGGAGUGAUAGGUUUUAGAUUUUGCUGCUGAUCCACCUCCCAUUGUUGAUGUCUAUGCUUGUGCUGUCUUGAUUGGAAUUGAAACUGUCUCAUAUUUGCAGGCCAGCGAAAUGCUGCUGUUAAAAGGAAUGCAGGAGGAAAUCUCUCUCCAAGAGAGUGCCUUGAGUCACAAGCAACACCGCGUGCGCCGUAAUUGUUCUGCAUGUAUUCUUCGUUGCAAAGAAAUUAAAGACAAGUCUCGAGAUCGGCUCAAGUAAAGUCGGUUUGGAAGAA